AUGAUGGCCUCGGUGGUUGCCGAGGGCAACAGGGGCGGGUCGCUGAGGCUGAGGGGAGUGGACCCGGAGACAUGCAUGAUCGUCUUCAAGAACCACUGGGCACAGGUCCUUCGUGUGCUGGAGCGGUAUGAUCCCGGCCGGAGCGACCCGGGCCGCAGCCAGGGCCCCAUCCCCGCGGACGAGGCCAGCGCCGUGCAGAACUACGCGGAGCACAUGCUGGUGCUGCUCAUGGAGGAACCCAGCGGCAGCGGAGGAGCCAUGGGACCCAUCCUGGAGUUUGUAGUGCUGGAGAACGUGAUGGAGCGCCUGUUCCUCUGGAGUCUGCGGCGCCAGUUCACAGAUGACAUGAAGCUGGAGCAGCUGCGCAUGUACGCCAUGCUGAUUGGCCAGGCCCGACAGCCCCUGCUCCACCACAAGCCAAUCCUGAGGCCCCUCAUGAUGCUGCUCGCCUCCUGUUCCUCCAGCUCCACUGUGGGGCCCAACUGCACCUCCACCGUGAGGCCCUCCAGCUCCUCUGCAACCUGCAGGGGGACUGGCUGCGUGUUGGGGACUAUAAUAACCUUUUAUCCUGUCCUUCCUUCCUCCAGCUCCACCGUGGGGCCCAACUCCACCUCCACCGUGAGGCCCUCCGUGCCCUCUACCACCUGCGCCAGGGGGCCCGGCAGCGCGGUGGGGCCCACAAUGGUGGAGGCAGAGCUGGUGGGGCUGCUGCAUCAGCUGUGCUUUGCGGUGGCCGAGGAUCCCUCUGUGCUGGAGCUCUUCUUCCACACCAGCGAGGACCAGGGCGCAGCCAACUUCCUCCUCUUCUCACUCCUCAUCCCCUACACACAUAGGGAAGGCCCGGUGGGAGAUCAAGCCCGGAACGCUCUGCUGCUUAUUAUGUCUCUCUCCGCCCACAACUGCCGAGUGGCCAAUCACAUUGCAGAACAGACCUACUUCUGUCCAGUGCUAGCCACGGGUCUCUCCGGACUCUACUCUUCUCUACCCGCCAGGCUGGAGGUCUACAGUGAGGACUGGCACAGCUUGCAGCCUGCAGAUUGGCUGCAGGUGCCGUCACUCAUCCACUUCCUCCACUCACUGCAGUUCUGCAGCACUGUCAGCCAGGUAGCUCACCCCUCCAUUCGCUCCCAGUUGCUAGGAUACAUCUAUAAUGGCUUCCUUGUGCCUGUUGUUGCUCCAGCGCUCCAUAAGCUGACGCUGGAGGAAGUGAUGACGUCGACGGCCUACCUGGAGUUGUUCCUGCGCAGCAUCUCUGACCCCGCCCUCCUGCACACCUUCCUCUCCUUCAUCCUCAUGCAUCGCCACGACAACGUGCACAUCCUGGACACGCUGGUCAGCCGCAUCAACACGCCCUUCCAGCUGGGCACGGUGUCACUUGCUCUGUUCCGCACCCUAAUUGGAUUACACUGUGAGGACGUCAUGCUACAACUUAUUCUCAGGUACCUGAUCCCCUGUUCACAUGUGCUGAGUGGUGAGAGAGAGAGGCUGCGCGAGAGGGACUGCUACUCGGCCACCGCCUCUGCCCUGCUCUCCCUCACCCCGGCCUUCCUGCACCAGGAGGACAUGCAGCAGGACUGCAUCCUGUGGUCAAAGGUCACCGAGGGCUUCCUGAACAUGGGCCUGGACGAGCUGCUGAUCAGUGGGGCAAGCGUGGGCUACUGGCGUUUCCUAGGCAACGACCCCUUGACGGACAGCAACUACCUCCAGUACCUGCGGGAGGCACGGCAGGUAAUCGCUGCCUGCGUCCAUGCGUGUCGUGUGUGGUCAGCUCCGUACGACGGCCUCAAGCCCUCGCCACAGGAGUAUCGAGACGAGGAGGAGGAGAGCUUCUCCCACACGCUGUCUCCCGUGCCGGAGUCGGUCUCGGCGUCUCCCAGCCCCAGCCCCAGGGCGUCUCCAUCCGUAUACUUCCUCCAGGACCUGGAGUGGGAAGACAUGUUUGCACCGGGCAUGGAGCACGACGGAGGCGAGGGGGAUGGAGAUUCUCAUCGGGGGAAGCCAGCCGCAUCCGUGGUGGACCCCCCUCAGCAUUUGGUGGAGAUGCGUCGCAGUGCCAUCUCCCUGGUGCAGGGCUCGUACGUGGAGGAGGACCAGUUCCAGGACGACGUGCUGGUCUACAGCCUGGUGGCGCAGAGGGACUCGCACGCGCCAGGCGCCAACACACACUCCUCACGCACGCAUGCCCAUCCACAUCAGCAUAUGCACCAACCCGGCUGCCCUCACGCCGGCCUGGGGGCUCGGAGAGACUCGCAGACGCAGGAGGAGGUCCACACACAUGGGUCACGAACACACACGCAUCAACAGCACGCACACCAGCACCGCGGCCCACACAGGUCGGCUGGUGACGGUAGCGUGAAGGGCAGUCCCACGACGUGGAUACACAAGUCGAGCGCGCUGGUGACUGUACAGAGCGCUCGUCUCAGACCCAGGAAGACGCAACCGACGAACGAACAGUCAUCGGACUCUAACACGCAUUCGCUCACCGCCAAUGACGCACAAAGAAAUUCGGACACGCACUCCUUCACGAAUAAUCUCGUGGAAAUCACGUACGGAGACCCGUUGCACACUGUAAACCCGCCGCCUGUUGUUGUUCAGAGUGCACGUAUGCACUCACGCGCCCGCACGCAUCACCAGGUGAAGAACACACCCCUGACCAACGGGAUUUGCUCGGAGACGACGGAACACAAUAACAACCACGGGAACGCACACAGCGUUACUAGCAAGGAAUGCGUCCAAAAUGGAGUAGACCACAACGUCCUCUCGCAUUUGGACUACAAUUACCACUCGCAUUUGGACUACAACUCCCAGCACCAGCAGCAGCACCCCCAGGACUUUGUCUCCCAGUGCCUGGAGCUCUUCCGCAGCCUGGAGCAGGAGCCAGAGAGCAUCAUGGGAGAGGAGGAGUUCCGAGAGCGAGUCCAGCGGUUGACCUUCGCCCUGCGUGAGGAGGCAGAGGAGAUGACGGAGGAGCCGGAGUGGAGCUUCGAGGACGAAGCUCAGCCGGAGAAGGUUCCGGAAGGGGACUUAAGUGGGAGCCUCAAACAAAGCUCCGAUGCCCCCUUCACUGGUCCGUUCAUCAGUGUUCUCUUGUCCCGCCUGGAGAACCUUCUGGAGAACUCCAUAGAGGUGAAUCUGCUGGUGACGGGUAUCCUGGCUCAGCUGUCCGCCUUCCCCCAGCCCCUUCUACGAUCCUUCCUGCUCUCCUCUCAGACGCUAUUUCAGCCUGGCAUACGCACUCUGCAGCAGGUGCUGGUGUCAGUGAGGGAUCAGCUGGAGCGCUAUGCUGAGAAGGAGACCGACUUUGCAGAGCUGGUCAGGGAGUCUGGACUGUACCUGCUGGCCAGAGACCAGUCCGCCAGGGAGAAAGACAGAACAGGAGAGAACGGAGAGAGCUGGUUUGCCAUUGGCCAUGGGCUGAGGCCCCUCCCCCGCUGCCCCAAGAUCCCGCCCUCCUUGCGUAACCGUGUGUACGCCGCCAUUUUAUUUGGGGAGUUCCUGAAGGAGCUGGCCGCCCUGGCCCAGGAGCACGCCACACUGCCGGACCUGAGCGAGGAGUGA